AAAUGUUUCAAACUUAAAAUUUUCUUAAUUAAUAUGAAAUAGAGACUCAAUAAUCUUAACCUGAUAAUUAAUUGAUCCAAUCAACUGAUGAUUUUGAACAAGUUAUUAGCAGCCUUAGUAAUUUGAUGAUGUACAUUGCUUAUGAGAAUUAAACAUAAUUAAAUGAUGAAGACUCUUAAAAUUAGUCGGAAAUGUAAGUUAAUAGAGCAUUAAGUGAUUUGGAUUCUUAAAAAGAAUAUCCAAAUGACUUUUCAUUUAAAACCUAUCAUCCAUCUAUUUUUUUUGAAGGGCCUUCAUAUAAUUUAUAUAAAAGCACAUUAUUAAAUGGAAUAGAUAAGGAAGAUCAUAAUGAAGAACUAAUUUAAGAACAGUCUCAAAAUGAUGAUGAUAUUGAAUGUUAAGUUUAUUUAAACCUAACUCAAAUCAAAGCCCUAAUGAAAUCGUAAUCUACAAGAAAAAAAUAAUUAAAUAAUUAGAUCUUUUAGCAACAAUAAGAACAAAUAUCAAUAGAGAAUUAAAGUAAUUAAAAAAGAUUUUCUAUAUCUGAUUUAGAUAUUGAAUAAGAUGAAUAAAUAACAGAUGAUUAUAGUUUAAAUGUGGAGGAUAAGAUUUAGAGUUAUAAUUCUAAUUUUAUAAUUUUAGAAAAAUUCUCAUCUUAAUUUAAAUCAAAAAGCUAGACCAAAACAUCCUGAGC